ACGUAGUUCCUUCAAUGCAAACGUGCAACAGAAAUAUUAAAUUGCGUUUGCAUAUUUAGUAGACGUUUAUCACUGUUUCACUUCACGAAGGCUUCAUUUAACCCAUAUAAAACUGAUAAACUGUGACAUGUAGCUAGACGACGAGCCCUGAAGGAGAACAUAGGUCAUUUAUUUGUCUCGUCAAUAGUUUUCUAGACUAUAGUUUCUGAUUUAAGAACACGCACCGCAGUGCUCCGUAGUAGGUUAGGAGGAAUUUGUCUUGUCCUUCCUGCUUACAUUUCCUCACCUCGAUGCUUUCUGUCUCACUGAUAGGACAAGCGAUUAUGCGAUUCAGAAUAGCUCCGUUAACGCAUUUAAAAGUCAAUGAGCUGUUAUACGCUGCAAACGCUUGUUGCUGACCACCGCGGCAAAGUCAAGUCCGCCCGCCUGCCAGACACUCGUCGGCGCGAGUGUACGCAAGGGCAUAACUUCGGAUUUGGCAUUUGAAGUCUUCACUCAUUUAAGGGGGUCCAUGGAGUUGUAUUGGCUAGUUUAGAUUAUUGGUGGGUUACACCCAUAAGUGUACGGCAGAUAUGAGAAAUAACAGUCUGCUCGAGACGCAGCACAGCUCUGUCAGCGGGACAUGGUGUCUCGAGGAUGAGCGGGCGAUUCCUAGCUGCUCUCGCGCCUUCACUUUUUUUCUCCUCAGAGGGAAAACACGAACAAAAAGGCUGAGACGGAAUAGUGACAAAUGAGAAAGCAGUAGCAAGAGUGGAGAAGUAGAGCAGGUUAGGCAGAGGCCUCUUCCAGAAGUACUUGGGAAAUGUUUUACACGCAGCUUUUCACUUUGAAACGUGGGCCUCUGGCCAGGAUUUGGCUGGCAGCACACUGGGAGAAGAAGAUCACGAAAAUGCACGUCUUUGAGUGCAACCUGGAGGCGACCGUCAAAGACAUCAUUUCCCCUGAGGUUAUAAUUGGCCUCAGGAUAUCUAGUCACCUACUUCUGGGUGUGGUACGGAUAUACUUUCGGAAGGCAAAGUACCUCCUAUCUGACUGCACAGAUGCUGUCGUGAAAAUCAAAGUGGCCUUUCGUCCAGGGCAGACAGAUUUACCCAGUGAGAGUCUGGAAGCUUCAUUUAAAGCCAUAACCUUGCCAGAGGAUUUCACCGAUUUUGAGUUACAGCUGCCCAAUAUCAGAAAGCGAGAGCAGCUUAUUUGUCCCACUUCUAUCAGUGAUAUAGACUUUGCAGAUCAUUUCACACUCAACCAGUGCAAGACAGAGGACAUUACCCUGAAAGAGGACUAUGGAAGUAGCUUCCAUGUACUGCAGUCUGAUUUUGGGGAUGAGGUUAAUUUUCAUGAAGGCAGCAUACUUGGUGGAAGUUUCCACAGCUUGGCUCCCAGAUGCGAUGGCUUUGGGGAUGAGGACACUGACUUCACCCUUCUGGAUUUGAUGGAGAAUUCAAAUGAGGAUGACAUGCCCAUGGACGUUUUCCCAGUUGGCUUGAACAAUGAAGUUCCAGCAGCUCCACCUCCGACUGCUGAGCCGAAAGAAGCAGCAGAGCACCAGGAGACAGGAUCUGAGGCUGCCGAAGAACAUGCUGCUGUCAGUGAGACCAUUCUGCUGGAGAACGAGGAGGAGGCGUUUGCACUUGAGCCAGUGUCGGUCCUCUCCUCAACAGAGAGGAAAAGGGGGAAAGCCAAAAGACGGCUGCUGGUGGAUUCUGUGAAGGAGCUCUCCAACGAGGCGAUUCGCAGCCAGAUCGGAGACUGUUCCGACCUCCUGCUGCCAUUGAGCAUAGCUCCACCCACACGUCAGCUCAUGGAGUGGAAGAUGACUGGAGGGGUGCACAGACUGUUCCGCCAUCUCUGUGUGCCUGUUAUACACCCACAGCUCCAACAGCUAUUUCCCAGAAAUAUGAUGUCAACAAAAUGGUGGAAAAACCAGAGAGACAGGGAGCAAGACUGGGAGGAGAUGAGGGACCAGUCAGGAGUUAAUGAAAGCAUGCUGGCUGCUGAAAACACUGGCCUCCUAUCAGGGAUUUUGGAUCUGGACUCCACCAAACACAGCCUUGGUUAUCUGCCUCUGAUCGCCUCUGAAGAGCACAACUCAUCUCCAUCACACUGCAACAGCAUGGAUGAAGAAAGUAGGACAGUAUUCACAUUCCCAGAAAUGCUACCUGAGGACUCCCUACUACUUCCAAAUAUGCCAGACUCAAUUCAUACCCAGGAUUGGCCAGAGCAGUCCACAGUGAACAGUCAAGAUUUUGAGGAGAAGUUGAUGAACCACAGGACACAUCGUCUACUACACUUCCUCAGAGUAAGGAAUCAGCAGAGUAGUGGCAGUACUGUGUUCGGCCUGCAUGAGCUGUGCAAGGGGUGUAACCGCACAAUGGCUGCCACCACCUUCUUCUGCCUGCUGGUGCUGAAGAAGCGGGGAAUGCUGGAGCUGCACCAGGAUACCCCCUAUGCUGAUGUCGUUGGCACACUCAGGCCUGCAGAGUAGAAGGCCAGACACAUCGUUCUGAUUGCACUUAAACUGUACUUCCACUCUGUGUAUGUGUUCUUUUUUGUCACAGUAUGCACUGUUGUAUUGUUCUAAGAACUUUUUUAAACACAUAUGACUUCAGGUUUUUUUAAUCACCAAAGGCUAGAAAGUUCCUCUACAGAUGUUUUAUUAAAAUAAAAUGAAUCCUGA